UCCGGAAGUGUUGCUGAUACUAAGUGGGAGAAAGUCAUAUGUAAUAUCUUGCAUUGACUGGAAAUUUGUGGAAAGAGCAGAAACGCUGUAAAUUCUGGAGCAGCCGCGGAUGUAACAUCUUUGCGAAAUGCUAAGAUUCAGAUUUAAAGCCAGCAUAUUGCGUAGCGGAGUUUAAAAAUGGUAUUUGUUUUAACUGGAAAGAAACGAAACACUAACGCCAUCGAUAGGAUUAAAUAUCGCAGUAGCGCGAUUACUGGAUAAUAUCUAUGAAUUUCGUUGCAGCGGGAAAGCGAACAUAAUUCUUAAUUUUAAUGUUAAUCUUACUCAUCUGAGACGGAAUGUAAUUUCGUAAUGCACUGCAUCUCAUAUUACCAUUAUUUCGGGUACAGAGCGGGUGUUGCAACAAGAAGACUAUAUAGGUACUGACGUUGCGUGGCGACAAAGUGGGAUGUGGCCGGACUGGAUUUCGUGUAGGUGUGUAAAAUGUAAGUGUCAUUUAAGUUGUGAAGCUGAGAGGGGACUUUGUCACACUGCUGUGACGUUGUGCCGGCAGACUAGCAAGUGAAUGAUUACCAGGAUGAACAAGCCCUUUGGCGAUCCUGUGACUCGAGGUGCACGCGCGUCACCGGGCAUUUAAAACGGGAAGAAGGGGAGGGGGGGAUUUAAAAAAUUAUACAUUAAUAUAUACAGGAGAAGCACAUCAUCUGAAGGAACUUUUAUUUUAACAUCUGCUUUCGCAAAGAAGUACCAAUAUGACCACCACGCAUCCCAUUAACGACUCGUCGCGAGCCCUGGGAAGACUGGAAAUAAGCCAUCAAGUUGUCAGCUGCGAGAAAGACGGUGAAAAUGAAACGCGGAAAAGCCAGGAAGCCUCUCGGAAGCGCCUGAAUGGAUGUGUGCCCCUCUCUCAUCAAGUGGCCGGACACAAGUACGGAGUGGAUAAAGUAGGUAUAUUACAACACCCAGAUGGCACCGUCUUAAAACAGCUGCAGCCUCCACCACGUGGGCCCAGAGAACUGCAAUUCUACAGCAUGUUACAUGCUAAAGAUUGCAGUGAUCCUGUCUUGUUGGACCUCCAGCUGCAUUUGCCAAAGUAUUAUGGUACUUGGACCCCUCCAGAUGCAUCAAAUGAUCAGUACCUUAAACUGGAAGAUGUGACUCGUAAAUUUAUCAAACCAUGUAUAAUGGAUGUAAAGAUUGGCCAAAGAAGUUAUGACCCCUAUGCCUCCAAGGAGAAGAAAGACCAGCAGAUCAGAAAAUAUCCCCUCAUGGAGGAAAUCGGCUUUUUAGUACUUGGUAUGAGGAUCUAUCAUAUGGAUACUGAUACCUAUGAAACCCAUGAUCAACAUUAUGGAAGAGGCUUAACAAAAGAAAGUAUAAAGGAUGGUUUAGCAAAAUUUUUCUAUAAUGGAUGCUGCAUCAGAAAAGACGCAGUGGAAGCUAGCAUUCAGAAGGUCCAGAUGAUAUUGCAGUGGUUUGAAAAUCAGAGUCAAUUGCAUUUUUAUGCAAGCUCUUUAUUGUUUGUAUAUGAAGGCUCCCUUGAGCAUGGGGUUUCAAAAUUGAAUGAUAGAGGCUUGGAAGAUGUAACCAUUUCUUCUAAAGGUUGCCAACCAGACAGGGAAAUGCUUGAGUAUAACAACAAUGUUUGUGUCUUUGGAUCCACUGAGAAUGGAAGAACAGAAUCUUCAGUUGGGCAGAGUCUUUCACAUAUGUAUGCUCUUCAUAAAAAAGCAUGCACACUUGGGCAUCAUGACAUUCCUCUUGAAAUAAAAACGGAUCCGCAAGACAACAACAUAUGGAAACCAACUUGCAUUUCAAUGGAGCGGCCAAAUGGAAAUACUAAGUCCCAACUGGAAAAGGAACGUCACUGCACACCAACAUUAACGCCAAGAAAAAAUGAGGUAGAAGUGAGAAUGAUAGAUUUUGCUCAUGUAUUUCCAAGUACCACCAAGGAUGAAGGAUACAUUUAUGGCCUCAAAAAUUUGCUAACAGUGCUGCAACAAAUCUUAAAUAAUUAAAUUCCCAUAACUGAUAGUGGUGGUUUUUGCACUUUUCUAUUGGGGCCAACUGUCAAGUAAAUAAAGUAGCCACAACAGGGGAAUUCUGCACUAGAAAUGAUGCAUAACUUGUUUGUAAUUCUUUGUGUACAUUUGCUUGUUUUGUACUACUGGUAACUAUAUAGUUUAAUUUUUCUAUGAUUAUCUUACUCAGGAAACUAAAUCAAAACUUUCACUUAUACAGUUUUGGCUUCUAAAAGGAACAAUUAAGAAUGAAGCUUGGAUUAAUCAUAUCCUAGACAGGUAUAGCUUUUCCCUGAAGGAGCCAGGAUAACCUAAUUUAAAACUUGUAGUGUGACCCUUGCCAACAGGAGAUAUUAGGCCACUUUUGAUUAUAGGUUGUUAGUCUCUUUGAUCGGUGGCUUGCAAGGGGAGUCUUAAAAGGCCAAUGUUGAGUUCAGUUUUCUUUGAUUUCUCUAGUCCUGUGGACCUUUGUAUCCAACAAGCUUAUGCACUUCAAGUCCUUACAGUGCAGGAUAUGCGUUGAUGUUCAGGAGAAAUGUAACUUAAUGUUCAAUUAGAAUGUAACUCCUCUUAAAUUUACAUCACAUAAACAGAAAACUACUGACUAAUUAAGCAUAAUUUCAUAAUGUUUAAAUGUUCAUUAUGAUAAGUGAGGCAAUAUAGUUAAUAUUUAGCUGAAAAAUGAAUCUGUGUCAGCUUUUUUUUUUUUUUGGCUGCCAAAUUAAAUUAUAAUGUUUUUAUGCCAAAAGUUGGAAAAAUCACAAGGGCUCUGUUUUAUUUGGAAACAACAGAAUUAUUCCUUUCAUUAAAAAUAGGUAUUUAUUUGUUGGCAAUCAGCAUUUACUGUAAAUAUGUAAAAUAAUUGCUGCUGUCCUGCUAAGGAAUAUGCUGUGGAAUGGAGCAUAUCCAUGGAUUUUUUUUCAGUACAAUUUUCUGCUCCUUACUUGGCUGUACUAUGUAUUGGUGCAGUAUCUGUCAAAUACAAAUAUUUUUUCUGUUUCAAAAUUAUUACCUCUACAAUUAGAAAUUCUGCCAGAGCUGGUUUUCUGUCUGAAUACUUCAUACUAUUUUGUAAACAUUAGGUAAAUUUUGACCUUAAAUAAUUAUUUGGCUUUGUGAGUAGAAAACCAGGCCGCUUAGUUUUUCAUAUAAAGUAAAUAGCUAUAUUUCUGUUUACCUGUAGCAUCCACAGAAUCAGUUUUUAAUCCCAUCAUUUGGUUAUUAAAUUUAAAAAAAAUUAUAGAGCUGCUCACAGUUUGUAUUAUCACAGUAAGAAAGAAUUUGAUAUUUUUAUAUAUUGGUGGCUAAACCAAAAACAAAAAAACAAGUCCUGUCCAUGUGUAAUUGCAAUUAGAGGUACACAAAGCACUACCACGUUUUUUGUAAUAUUUGUGGUGUAUAUUUGUUUUUUUUUUUGUUUGUUUUUUGACUGUCAUGAAAAAUCUGUUUUAUCAACUUUAUACAGGAUCAUCUCAAAGGCAGUGAUAAUGGAGAAGUUUGCAGUUUAGUUUUUUAAAUGCUGGAGGCGGUGAAUGUCAGCAUGCUUAAUAGCCAUGUGCAAGCAGGGCUGCAGAGGGAAGGCAAACGAUACUGCCAUUAGCAGCAAACCCUCCAGCUCUCAAACAUACUCUAGCCAUUGAUUUUUCUUCAUUUUGAAAUGCCUUUUUCCUUGCUAUAGAAUUGACAAGACCACCACCAGUGAUGCAUCUCUAUUUAUUUAGAAGUGGAAAUGACUGAGUCUCUUAAGCUUUUAAAAAAACAUCUCCGUGUUUCACAGAAAGUAAAUAGGUUUUGAGCAGAGUGAUGUGCUUAAUGUAUUGAUCUUUCACCAAGUGAGGGAUGAAAGUGCAGUAAGGAUCAUUGGUAGCUUAUGGGCUAUGCAGUUAUUUAUAAAUUUAGGUGUGCGGUGAAAUAAUAAAUAUUUUAAUAUAAGGUUACUGGAGUGAAAACUUCUGAAAGGUGUUAACUAAAAUAAAAAAUGAAAAAGAAAAAGCAGACAAGCACCUACUCAGAAUACUAUAAAUUUAUCCAAGAAGAGAAAUAUUUACCUUUAUGAAAUUUUAAUUUAGCAUUUAGUAGGGUUUUGGUAUCCUUGGGUCUUCUAUUAAUACUAAUAUUAUGAUUUCUACUUGUCCUUUUAUAAAUGUAUUUUAAUUUUACAUUUACUCCAUUUUAGUAUGUAUUGCAGUGGUGUUUUAUGUAACCUAUUAUGGAGGUGAAAGCACGAGAAUCAUUUUAUUAUUAAUGUUAAAAGGUUUACUGCAGCAUUACAUUUCACAUACAGUAGUCCAUUUUAAGUACUGAAAAGCAAUGCAAAUGGUAAGCCAUUAUUUCGAAAUGGUAAUGGUGGGCAGAGGGGGAUCAAAAUCUGACCACUUAUGAGCUAUGCAGAAAAUACCUUUAUGUCAUUCUGGAAUACAUUAAUACAAUUUGCAGAGGAAUCUUUAUGCCGAAGCAAAUGUGCAAAUUUGUGAAAUGUGGGAAGACGUUUUUGAGACCAAGCCAUAUUAAAUGUAUGGCCCUUACUUUGUUAAUCUCACCACACUUUUUACCAUCUCUUUUUAUGAAUUGCAAAACCUAUCUUGAUUUUUGGCAACAUGCAAAGUUCAGCACUUUUUUUUUUUUUUAAUGUCUUUUAAGUGGGAGGCACUGACUAAAAUAUAGGAGAGCUUCCAAACUCACACUUAAAACGUGGAAACUGGUGCAUAUCUGAUCAAUUUCAGACUUUGAAUUGUCUGGCAAAUUCUGUGUUUUCAGAUGCAGCUAAUAAUAUUAAUAUUAUUAUAGUCAAAAGUUAUGUUAAAUGACAUGCACAACAUGAGCAGCUUAUCAAUUGAUGCAUUGUGGCUUCAGAAACAUUAUUUGUAUGCUAAUUCAUUUAUGAAAAGUAUCAAAUUGCAUCAUGUAUUGUUUACAGUUCAUAUAUUUUGCCAGUUUGUUGUUUUCAUACAUGUGAUGAAUCAGUUCUGUUAAUACGGAAUUAAACAUGUAUUUGGGUUAUUAGUUCUUCUAAAGCUUUUUACAUGAAUUAUACUAAGAUGUACUUAGCUGUUUCCUUAAAUCUUUUGUGAAUGAUUGUGUUUUCCUGAUGUGUCCCAAAUCCUAGAGCUAUGACCACACUAAUGGAUGGAUCUCAUUUUAAAUUUAAGCAAACAGUGCACAGAAGCACUUUAAUAAUGCAGAGGAUGUACUGGAUGUGAAGUAAAACUAUCAAAGAGAGUUUAAUUUUGUUGUGAUUGUUAUUUUACAUUUAUUUUAUUAAAUACAUGUUUUUCACAGUAUAAAAUAAAUGCUUGUUGAUAAAGCUAUAUUUUUUGAUUGUAUGAAUAUGAAAUCUGGCAUUUCGAUAUAUGAGUCUUGGUUCUGGAAGUCUUGCCUAUUACGGUUUCUUGAAAAUGCUGUUUUGCAACCAUUGUGCUUUUCCUGAAUGUUUUCCUUUAUUCCCUUUUCCCAUUUUCUUGGUUACAUUUGUUUAAAAUAUGAAUUGUAUUUCUAUUUUGAUUGAAUAUUUUUUAUGUCUUAUAUAAAAUAGCAGGGGAAGUGUAUAUGUGUAAUCAUUUCUUGAAAAACAAAGGAAUCAGCUACAUUAAACUGAUGUUAUUCCUAAUUUUGUAAAUUAAAAAAAUAUAUAAUAUUUAGAUAAAAUAUAAUUGCUGUAUAUUUGGCUAAUUUAAAUUACUAAUAAAAAUCUGUCAUAACUAAA